AUGCGUUUCUAUCCAAUUGCUAACGGUGGUUACAUGUCAAGGAAGAAGAAGUGUGACCGUUGUUAUCCCGUGUGCGGCCACUGCACUCGCCUCAACCUCAUAUGUGAGCGCGAGUCUCCGCGGUCUGUACGACAAGCCUCUCAACAAAGGACCGCCGCGCCCACAGCAGCUUCGGCCUUGACAGCCCCCAGCUCGUGUAUUGAUGCAACGCCCUUGCUAACCGGGCUCGCAUUCGAUGGUGACCUGAGCCGAUCUGACCCAUCGAGCAGUCGUCGGGCCAUGCUCCGCUACUAUACCACGUCGUUUGCUGCAAUGCUUAGCACCAACUACGAAAAUAAUUGUUUCCUAUCAGGUUUGUGUGCCCUCGAUUAG